CUGCCCACUUCUCUAUCUGCAUUUAUACAGCUCUCUUUGGCCCGGUUUAGCAAAUUAGGAGUGACUUGAGUUAAUUAUGGAGUUACACAAACAUCAGAAGGAAUCAGUGGUUGAAAGUUUGAAGCAAGUUAAAGACAGUUUCAGUUAAGAGCUGUUUGCUUUGAAAUGUCUGGGAACGUUAAAAAAGGGGGUGGGGGUGUUACCAUAAAGCACCAAUGCUGCAGCAAGCAAAGGCUCUAGCAGCUCAGCCAGCUGCUUGUGGCUGGAAAGCCAGACAGGAUGUUUGUGACUGUUGCCAUGGGAACAAAGGGGCAGUCCAUUCUGUACUGAGCACCGGAUGUUAGCUCAGUGUGUGUGUGUCAUAUGACCCGUACUGGAUGUACUUGGGAGGAGUUUCGUCUUGCUGUUGUUGAGUGCAGACAUGAUUCUCUGUACUGAUGUAAGAGGCAGAAAUAAAUGAUGUAAAUAGUUUUCUGUCUGCUUCUUUCCCUCCCUGGGGACACCAAAGGGGAGAGAGGAAGAACGGUGUGUUCCUCUCAUACAUCUGAGAAGAAUCGCCGGACCUCGCCUGCUUAUCAGCAGAGUGGAGACGCAGGGAGGUCGACAGGAAUAUCUGCCGGUGCCUACGCUGUGGCACAUUCCUCUGACCCAGGCAGAAUUCCAACAGUGGUAGCAGAGGAUGGUUUCGAUUCAUCGAACAUCUGCAUGAGAGGCUGGUGGAUUGUCCUCCACUGCUCCAAGGAGGAAUAGAAGCGUCUGAAAGAAGCCAGAGGCUCCACAGACAGCUGAUGGAAAGAAGAGGUGUUUUCCAGAGCAACAAAGUUCAAGGUAUGCUGCAUUUCGGGCUAAAAGUGUGAACGCAGGAAGAUUAAUUCCUGGUUCACGGAGCUGCGUUUCAAAGAAAACAAGAGCUCCGGAGGAAGAGGCCUGCAGCUUGAAGGCUGAAGCCUGCAUUCCACAAAUUUUUGUGGUAGAUAAGAAGUCCUAUUGAAAUGCAUUGUUGCUAGGUAACGGUCCUGGAAAGUUACUGGCAAAGGGGCUGGACUCUGAGUGUGAGCCUGGGAAAGCGAAACAAAAUCAAAGAAUGUUUCGGCUACAAGGUUUACGAGCUCUUGGAAGGGACUUUUCAAUAGCAGCCUGUGUUUAGCUGCCAGGUGCAAAGAGCGUAAACAAUUUGCAGUUUGCUGCGUGAGAAAGGAAAAAAACUGCUGUUGGAUUUUGCAGCUUGUUUGGAGGUGAGAGAGGCUUGGCUUCAAGAUGGAUGCCAAGAAAGGGGGAGGUUUGCCUUGCCCACCUCCCUUGACCAAUGACAAUUAUUCAUCUUGGUCUGUAAAGAUGAAGGCCCUGCUGCAGAAUCAGAGGCUUUUGAUGUAAUUGAAGACCCCAUCCCUGCAGCACCAACCAGAGGUUGGGAGUCACAGAAUGUAAGGGCCAGGACUGCUAUAAUUCUGUGUGUCUCAGAUGAUCAGUUGGUGCAUGUUCAGCAUUUAGAAAAUGCGAAAGAGGUAUGGGACACGCUGCGUACAACGCAUCAGAGAGAUGCUGGUUCUUCAGCGUUGCUGUAUUUUGAGAAAUUGACCAAUCUGAGACUUGCGCCUGAUGGAGAUGUUCAAGCGCACCUGACAGAAAUGAAGUUUCUGCGUCAACAGAUGGUGGAACGCAAUUUCCGUCUUCAGGAGGAAGUGUUUUGCUUCAUGAUGAUAAACAGCCUUAGCCGCACCUACAAGGUUGUUGCCAGUCAGCUUGGUUCCCUACCGGCCGCGCAGCUGACCGCGGAGAGAGUUUGUGCUGUGGUCCUGAAUGAACACGACAGACUUGCUGCACUGGAAGAAAAAGACAGGGGGAGGGAAGAACAGAGUUCUAAUUCCCCACUGCUGAUGCUACUGGAGAGCAUGGUGUAGCAUUGAGUGCUGUCCGAUGCUACAAUUGUGGACAGACUGGGCAUCUACAGCGAAACUGUAAGAAGCCGCGCCAGUCAAGAGGAGCAAAGAGCAGCUCUACGAAGCCUCAGGCGUCAGGCAAAGCCGUACCAAGUGCCAGGUGAAACCUGCAAAGGCUAUGAUGGCGAAAGGAACCACGCCAGAUGUUGGGAACUCGUUCAUAAUCGACACGGGCGCCACGGUUCACAUGUGCCCGCACAGAGGACUAUUUUCGACGUUGAAGAAGCAAAGCUUCACUGUGAAACAGGCCAACGGUCAGGAGUUGGAAGCGACUGGAAUUGGGACUGUGUAUCUUGAGAGUCUGAACUUGACUAUAAGUGAUGUUUACCUGGUUCCAGAACUGAGAUUUAAUCUGCUGAGCGUGUCGCAGAUUGCAAAGAAAGGACUGAAACUGUCCUAUGAUGCUAAAAGCUGCAAGAUCUACAAAGAUGGAGAACUGUUUCUUACUGCCAAAGAGAAAGAUGGACUGUAUUUGUUGACUUUUGAUCAAAGUGAUUACAUGAAAUGUAAUUCUGCUGUUUCUAACGAAAUCUCUCUUGCAGGUAUGACCAGUGUGAGCACCAGGAAGGUGACUAAGACCAAGAAGGUCGACAGAGCAUUUCAGCGGGUGUAUGCUGAUGUGAUUGGUCCUCUAGAACCAUCUAGAGGCGGUGCAAAAUAUUACCUUUUGUGUGUGGAUUCUUUCACUAAUUAUUCUUGGGUUUAUAUGAUGGAGAAACCGCAAGAAACUUUAGAAAAGUUUCAGGAGUUUUGUGACAAGGUUAAAAAUAUGCAUGAUGCUAACAUUGAUUGUCUUUUCACAGAUGAGAAGCAAAUUUUUCUGUUACAGAAGUUUCAGAAGUUCCUGGAUGGAAAAGGGAUAGACCACAAAGUUGCAGUUUCGCAAGAAGCGUGGAACAGGGGGGUCUGUGUAAAAGUGAACAAAGAAUUGCAAAAGGGAAUGAAUGCGCAAUUGCUGAGUUCACAUUUGCCACAUGAAUAUUGGGCCGAAUCGCUAGCGUCCUAUCUUCAUGUGUGGCUGAGAAAGAUCUCAAAAGACUUGGGAUGUUCUCCUUUUGAGAAGCUGUUCAAUAGAAAACCUUCUGUUGCCUAUUUUAAGGUUUUCGGGUCUCAUGUGAGAACAGAAGCUCCAGGUGGUGUAAAGAAUGCCAGAGGCAUUUUUGUGGGUUAUGAAAAAGGUCUCUACAGAGUAAUUUUGUCUGAAUCUGGUCAGGUGAUUCUCACAAAGUUCCUAGAGAGUGCUCCAAAGCAAGAGCGGAUAGUACAGACAUUUCCCACAGGAAACGAUUCUGAUGAUGAUGAUGAUGAGUUUGAUCUUAUUGAGUUCAGUAGUACUGAUGAUGACAGCGAUAGCUCAGACAGCUCAGUUGUCACAGUCAUUGAGAGGAAAUCUCACAUAAUGACUAGACCCUCAGAAGAGGAGGAUGAACCACUGAUUGCUACUGGUACUCAACAGAGUCCAAAGGUUGAACCAGUGAGCACAGAGGAUCAGAACCUCAUACGUAGGUCUGAGAGAGCAACGAAGGGUGUACCACCCAAGAGGUAUUCAAAGGAGUUUGCUAACCUUGCAUAUGUUGCUAUUGUAAACGACCAAGGACAGCUUGAAGCUGUGUCUGAGUCAGAGACAAAGGCACAACAGAGAGGUGUUAGCCAAGGUAAUGCAGAAGCACUCAUUCCUUGGAAGCCAGACAACCAGAGAGGUACAUUGGUUAAACCAGUGGCGGGUAGUUCCAAGGGUGGAACUGAAACAACAGGGGAAUGUUAUAAAUAUAACAACUGUUUGUUUUCUUCUCUGGAUGACGCUUUGCUCGCGGCACACAUUGAUACUUUAGGGGAGUAUGUUACCAUAAAGCACCAAUGCUGCAGCAAGCAAAGGCUCUAGCAGCUCAGCCAGCUGCUUGUGGCUGGAAAGCCAGACAGGAUGUUUGUGACUGUUGCCAUGGGAACAAAGGGGCAGUCCAUUCUGUACUGAGCACCGGAUGUUAGCUCAGUGUGUGUGUGUCAUAUGACCCGUACUGGAUGUACUUGGGAGGAGUUUCGUCUUGCUGUUGUUGAGUGCAGACAUGAUUCUCUGUACUGAUGUAAGAGGCAGAAAUAAAUGAUGUAAAUAGUUUUCUGUCUGCUUCUUUCCCUCCCUGGGGACACCAAAGGGGAGAGAGGAAGAACGGUGUGUUCCUCUCAUACAUCUGAGAAGAAUCGCUGGACCUCGCCUGCUUAUCAGCAGAGUGGAGACGCGGGGAGGUCGACAGGAAUAUCUGCCGGUGCCUACGCUGUGGCACAUUCCUCUGACCCAGGCACUGUUUGAGAAAGGUCUCAAAAGAGUUGGGAAGUUCUCCUUUUGAGAAGCUGUUCCAUAGAAAACCUUCUGUUGCCUAUUUUAAGGUUUUUGGGUCUCAUGUGAGAACAGAAGCUCCAGGUGGAGUAAAGAAUGCCAGAGGCAUUUUUGUGGGAUAUGAAAAGGGUCUCUACAGAGUAAUUUUGUCUGAAUCUGGUCAGGUGAUUCUCACAAAAUUUCUAGAGAGUGCUCCUGAACAGGAGAGAGUAAUUGUUCACACAUUUCCCACUGAGGGCAAUUCAGAUGAUGAUGAUAAUGAUUUUACUGAUUACAGUGGUGAUGAUGACAGUGAUAGCUCACAGAGCUCAGUUGACACAGUCAUUGAGAGGAAGUCUUACACAAUGGAUAGGGGGGGAGAGAAUGGAUGUGAAUAAUCCUCUAAUGAACAAAAGGUAAGGUCUCAUUAAACAGUGGGGAAUUGCAUUUGAAAGCACUGUAUUUGCUACAGUUUGUGGAGGAUGGAGAGCUGCAAGGGAACUUCCCUGAAUUUCCAGUUGGGAAUAAUAAUGUAGACAAAAGUAAUAGAGUUUCCAGCAAUGAAUGGCCUUUGCCAUGGCAAAGAUCAUUCUAUUACGUUACUCACAAAAGUAUGUCUUAUUCAGCAAAAGUCCCCUGUAACUAGGAUUGCCAGAACUUGCCGCCCUACCUGUAACACUAAUUCCCUUAUAUUCAGGGCCGGAUUUAGGUUUGAUGAGGCCCUAAGCUACUGAAGGUAAUGGGGCCCUUUGUAUGUCCUGCUGUCUUUUGUCAACAACAAAUUUUCGCUGUUUUUUUUGUGUUGAAUAUAUGCUAUAUGGUAAUUUAUGGACCUAAUAGGUAUCUAAAGCCAUUUGUACAUAACAAAAUAUGUAUUUUAUCAAAGUAAUUGUUGAACUGAAAUACAAUUAAGAAGUAUAUUAAUAGUGAAAUAAUUAUUAAGCUCUAAUUUCCAGGUUCGGCACAGUGCGAAACCUGAAAAUGCGCAACCUGAAGUAUCUGUAACCUGAGGUAUGACUGUAGUUACUCAGCUCUACUUCAGAUAGCCAGAUGGAAUGGCAGCGCAGAAAAUACCAGAAUGCAAUGGAUUAACUGUAACGAUUGGAUUUAUCUAUAAAAAUGAAGGCCACUUCCAGAUUGUCACUAUUUUUGGAUGAGAUUCCAUCACCUAUUGGCAAACUCACAUUGCACAAUUUUAGCUGAUUGGGAGAUCUUGCACAACAAACUAGCUCCCUCCUUAGAUCAGACUUUUGCAAGACGGGAAAACCACUGACUUUUGCAAGACAGAAAAAUGGAAAGUGGGAUGGCACCUGCUUUGAUGCAAUGUCAUCUAAUGUCCCCACAAGCAAAUUAGGAUUAAUGCUCCAGCAUUGUCUAAUCUUCCUGCAAAUCAAUCAGGGUAAAGUCUCAAUAAACAGGUUGCACGGAAGCAACCUUGGUAGGAAAGCAAAAGAGGGCAAUGUCAAGAGAAAUGGUCCAUGUGGAAGAGGCCUGAAAGAGAGGUAGUCUCACCCUUUGCUAUAUUGUGCACGUAGAAAACAUGUUUUCACAAGUAUAUUUGCUGCAAACCUG